AUGAUUGAAAUAACCGAGAUCGAGUUGGGUGUCACCGCCGAUAUGCAUGUCCACCUUCGUGAAGGCAAGAUGAUGGAGUUGAUAACUCCCACAGUUAGAGAAGGAGGUGUUGCUGUCGCCUAUAUCAUGCCAAACUUAGUGCCUCCAAUUACCACCAUCGACAAAGUCGUUGAGUACAAGAAACAACUUGAGGCCUUGUCUCCAACUACCACUUUCUUGAUGUCGUUCUACUUAAGCAAAGACUUGAGUCCCGAACUCAUUAAUGAGGCAGCUAAGAUUGGUGCCAUUCAAGGAGUCAAGUGUUAUCCUGCUGGUGUUACUACCAACUCUGCUCAUGGAGUUGACCCUAAUGAUUUCACUGCUUUCUAUCCCAUUUUCGAGGCUUUGGAAGCCAACAACUUGGUGUUGAACAUUCAUGGUGAAAGUCCUCCUAAGAAGGAUAGCGACGAUAUUCACAUCUUAAAUGCCGAAUCGAAGUUUUUGCCAAUUUUAUCCAAAUUGCACUCUGAUUUUCCCAACUUGAAAAUUAUCUUAGAACAUUGUACCAGCCAAGACGCUGUUGAAGCCAUUGAGAAAUUAAAUGCUGGAUACAAAGAUGGUGAUAAGGUCACUGUAGCUGGAACAAUCACUGCUCAUCAUUUGUCGUUGACCAUUGACAGCUGGGCUGGUAAUCCAAUCAACUUCUGCAAACCAGUUGCGAAGUUCCCAUCCGACAGAAACCAUUUAGUCAAGGCUGCAACUUCUGGAAAGCCAUACUUCUUUUUCGGUUCCGACUCAGCUCCUCAUCCAAUUGAAGGGAAGGCAAGGCACACUGGUGUUUGUGCUGGUAUUUAUACCCAAAAGUACGCAUUAUCGUAUGUUGCCGAAGUCUUCGAGAAGAACAAUAAGUUAGAGAACUUGAAGACAUUUGUCACUGAUGCGGGAGUAUCUUUCUAUGAAGUCAAAGAUGUCAAAUGCUCUGAUAAGUGCUGGUUGGUAAAGGAUAAAUUUAACGUUCCCGAAGUCAUCAGUAGCAAAGAUGUUACGGUGGUGCCAUUUAAGGCUGGGGAUGAAUUACAAUGGAAAGUGGAGUGGAGAAAGUAG